UAAGCUUUCCCAACUAUUGAUCAAUAAGCUUUCCCAACAAUGGAUCAAUAAGUGCAGAGAAAGUUCUUUUUUUUACCUUUAUUUAACUAGGCAAGUCAGUUAAGAACAAAUUCUUAUUUUCAAUGACGGCCUAGGAACAGUGGGUUAACUGCCUGUUCAGGGGCAGAACGACAGAUUUGUACCUUGUCAGCUCGGGGGUUUGAACUUGCAACCUUCCGGUUACUAGUCCAAUGCUCUAACCACUAGGCUCACCAUGGCUUUGCUCCAAGCAGGGAGGAGUUUUGGACAAAGGGAAGUGAAGCUCCGGAGGCAGGCUUGCUGGUGAGUCUGGGGAGGGAGCAGACUAGAGCAGACAGGCCCUCUAUGGGGAUUUAUGUCCCCUAUCACAAACUGUGAGAUCCUCAGAUUUCUCCAGCUUUCCCAGCUUUUAUCCAAAUUCCCUGAUGAUUCCAGGUUACAGGGUUACAGGGCAUUCUCCUUUUGAUAUUCUCUCAGGGGCUUCCUGAAAUGACAUUUGAAUGUUUUUUUAAAGAUGCUCCCAGCCUAGUUGACUGGUGUUUUCUGCACAACAACAUAUUGUCUCUCCCCCCAUUUCUGACAUAACUCAAUCAGAUUUCAACAACCCACCCUUUUAGCUGUGGCCAUUCUGACCAAUACAUCUCUCACUCACCACUUACCUGUUUUACAGUGUCAUCCUCACUCACAUUUAUUUUUAUUCCAGUGUUACUGUACUAACCUCCACUGUUGAUAUAAGAAAACGUAUGAACAUGUAUGCACUCACUACUGUAAUUCGCUCUGGAUGAGACCGUCGGCUAAAUUACUCAAAUCUAAUGUAAAAUGAUAUACCUGUGACUGUCCUAAGUGACCUGGGGGGUUAUGUUACCUUCCUGUCAUGACUCAGUGAUGAUCAUUGGUCCUGAUACUGUACAUGGUGUACUGUACAUUUGGCCAUGAGUAAUGGUGCUCACUGAACAAGACUAAUCUAAUUCUGUCACUAAGUGGUUCUAGUGCCUCAUUCACUGUACAAUCUAUCAAGUGUUCGAUGGUCUGGUAUUCUUGGCUCACCUGAUUGAUAGUGUGAUUUGAGCAAUGCAAUUCUCUUCAUGGUCAUAGAGGGGGAAAUACUAGUUUAUUCAUAGUUCAGUGUUGAUGGUUUAACUCUCACCAGCCCUGCUUGAUGUAGCAUAUACAAGUCAGCAGGCCUUGCCAUGAAUGGACUUAGGUCCUCAGAUGAUCUACUGUACCUGUCAGUGUUAUGGUGGUAAGUAGAGAUUGUGUGAAGUGUAUUCAAUACAACUUGUGUGGUAUUUGUGAAGUAAGAGGAAAAGCUGAUUCCUGCCCCUAACAUCUUUAAGCAUAAAGACAGAAUAUUGCUCUCUUAGAGUUGUUGUGAUGAGGCUUGUGGUAACAACUGGCUUGCCAUUGUAAUUCGCUAGAUAGUAGUGUAGCAUUGUCUCUAUAGGUCAUACACAGUCUUGUUUUCAAUUCCAGUUAGUGGUCGGCUGACAAUAAGUCAUCCCCCACAGUAUGUAUAGCUGUCAGACCACAGUGUUCAACAAGUAGCAGUAAAAACUCUGUCUGUAUAUUGACUCCAUGGAUACAAACAAAAACAGUCCCUUCACAUAAAAGGCUUCCUGUCAUCUCAUCUUUUGAAAGGAGAAGAGAGAAGAGUGGGUGUCAGAGGGGUUAUCAUGGGGGAAUGCGAGGUCCCUGCAACAGUUCAAAACUGUUUACAUGUCUGGUUAAAAUUCCAAACAGAAUAUUUACCCUGUCAACUGUUGGUUUGCUCAAAGCAACUGCAGAAGCCAUUCACAAUGGCCAAUCCCUCAGUGCCAAAGCUUUGUCACUAAGUGUGAUUGUAGUCAACAACAUUGAUUUAACACCCCCUAUUGUGGCACUGUGUGCUUAGCCCAAACGCAUUACUUCUUUUGGCUCUAUGGAAGAGGCGAGUGCUUCAGCUGCUUGUAGCGACAUUACAGGAGGGGGCUAUAGAGGUCUGGUCUGAAGCAUUUUGUAUAGAGAGAAGGAGAAAUGUUUGUCACAGUGCAGUUUGGAGGUAAGUAAAAGAUGGCGCUAUAUCAUCAUCAUGAUUUGAUUGAGUAUAAUUCCAUCAUCUCUGUGGAGGUCAACAGCUGACCUAUAAUGAAAUGUCCGACAUACGGUAAUGGAGAGCUUUGUUGAUAUAAACGGAUCAUAUGAGAAUAAAAACUUUAAGAAAAUCAUUGUGGGGAUUUAGAUGUGACAAAUCAGAUUACUUUAAUGAAGUAUGGGGUUAUAGAUAGAGGACGUGUACAAAAAUACUUCUCUUUUAUUACUUUGAAAGAGGCCCAAACAGAAUUGUUUAACCUGAACUGCAGGAUGAUAAACUUCAUCCACAGUUUGAAGGAGAGGUGUGAUCUGGAUCCUCAAGACUGUGUGGACCUUAUGGACAGGACAGGGGAGCUGGUGAACCUGAGUGACAAGGAGGAGAGCAUGGAGCAGGCCAGCAGUCUGAUGAAGAAGAGGCACAGCUACGUUCUCAUACGCAUCUGCAAAGGUGACGGGACUGAAGGGCAGAAGUAUGUGCCACUCUUAAAUGACCUGGACAAGAGCCAUCCUGAGUUAGCAGAGGUCCUAAAGAAGCUGUCCAACCCCUGUAAGGAGCGGGACAGAAAGGCUGUUCCGUCAAGGAAAGGCUCUGUUAACCAGACCUGGAGCAAGGCCACCGCUGGAAACAAGAAGAGCCAUUCUGGAAAACUUUGACUAUGAUGAGAGGAGAGGAGGAAAGGUGAAAAUUAUGGUGAUGGACAUGCAUGAAUAAAACGAUGUGAUCCACAUACUAAUACAGUAAAUGUGUUGGUGCUGUGGUACUAUUCACUCCGAUUCUUUUUUUAACAAAGGUACAUUUAGGUUGAUAAAUUAACAUUCCAACAUAUCCCAACGGGUAAUGUAAGAAUGUUGCAUGUCUGCUGUGCAUACUAGAGGCUGGUAUAGGUCCAGAAACGUUUUGUACUCAUAUAGGACUAUGUGUGAGAGUUAGGCUAUAUGGACCACUUAUUAAAUGCAUAAAUCUACUUAUCCAUGUAUUCACAACAAUUAAUGAAGUUAAAAUAAAAUAGAACAAUUGUUGAACAACUAGUAAAGGUAGCAUAUAUAUUUGUAGAUACGGUGCCUAGUGUUAUACCACAUAGUUUUCUAUACAAUACAAGCUUUGUCUAUACUGUACCUGACCUGUCAUAGACUUCCUAACUGUAGUCAGUGUAAAGCGUGACUCAUCAUCUUCAUGAUGAUAUAUGACAGAGAAACGUGAUAGAAUCGGACAGGUUGCAUAACCACAGCAAAAGUAAAAAUAUGACUAUGUUUAUUUUGCCCAAUAGACGACGGGGUGGGCUUACUGGGCUAUCGGUUUCACUAACAGAAGCACAAGGUUUGGACAGUGGAACUUGUACAGAAGGAGCCUCACAAUGCCGGGGUCUGAGUUUGAAUCUUUGGAGAAGAUACUGGAGACACAUAUUCCAGAUGAGGAAUUGAAAGAAGUGAAACGAAUCUUGUUUGGAAAAGAAACCAAGUGAGUUGUUGUUGAAUUCUGCACUCGGCCCUAUCAGGCUGCAGAAGUCUCCUUGUCUGUAUGCUGAGCCUGGUCUCAUAGACUAGACGUAACAUAGUAAAAGUAAAUCCGGGGCAUGCAAAUUAGUAUGAUAUCUAAAGUUUGGUACGGUUACAUGAGACAGAAGGUUACUUAAGGCAAAAACAAAAGGAGAGUGGUUGGUCGGGGUGGAUGGGUGAGUGCAGAGCAUAAUUUGAGACGGAUCCUGCCAGAACAGGAUCCUGCACCUCUCCGUUUUGGACUGUUUCAUUCCGUAAACCCAUUUGUCAAGAUCUGGUAUCUCUAUUGCCAUAAAAAAUAAUUGUCCGUUUGCAAUGUAAAAAUUAUAAUAAAAGCAAUCAGAGUUCAUUCAAGUUGCCUCCUCCGUAAUUCUCCUGCCCCUUAAAAACGUAAUGUGAAAAAGUGUCUGAUAUUCCACGAAUUGAUUUGAGUCGGGCCGGCACAGGGUUUAUUGUUUGCGAAACAUGUAGCCUAUAGACCAAUGCGUGGCCUUUGCUGUGGUGAGAGAGAGAAGCACACCUGUAUCUCUCACAUAACUUUUUAUGAUCUCUGUCCCUCUCUCUGCUCUGAUGAACAUGAGCCUGCAACUCUCAUCUCUCCAGCAUUACAGUUCAUCAUUUAUUUCCUUAUAGAAUCAUAGCCGCGGGAAGGGAGCUGGAUGUAUCCCAGCACCCCUGAUACAUUUAAACACUUUUGCCAAAGUUAUAGAAUUACUGCUGCCUGUUCAAAAAUAAGUGAAAUAAUUCAGAAGACUACUCCACGAGUAGGCCUAUAAUUUAGCCACAGAGGAUCAAUAUCUUAUUUUAUAUUUUUGCCUCGCUGUUGAUUGUGUGUAGCCCAAUCACAAUCGCCUACAGCUGGGAACGUGCAGAAAAUUGUUCAGUGAACAGAACGUAGCUAAAACAAGCCUUUCCCAAUAUUUGAAAUACAAUCACCGGAAAACACAAAUUGGAAAGUAAAUGGCUCCUGUUGAAAAGAAGCUUGCCACACCUGUACAAAAUGUGGAAAACAACACAGUGAAAGAAAUUACAGGAUAGCGUGUGCCCCAAACCAUCACAGCACAAUUGCUCCACUGUCUGUAUGUCCCCUGUAUACCUACUGUGCAAGUUAAGGUGAUAGAAGAUGGACUAAAUUACAAUACAUACAAGUUAAAGGUGAAACCGUCCCUUUGUAGUAGACAGAAAAUGAGAUGUCAUUGUAUUCUACUCAACUCAUGACUUUUUUUUACAGUUCAUAUUUCAAUUUCAUACAUUGUCGAUAUAUCCCUUUCCCACCCCCUCCCUAUUGCCCCUGCCUCACACAAAUUCUUAUAUGUAUUUAUUUUCAUUUAGAGGGUAUUUUUACAUAUUCUUUAAACAUAUCCCUUUCCCAUUUUGAAUGUAUAAUCAAGUAAAAUAAACCUUUAC